AGGAGAUGACCAGAGACUGCGGACACAGUAGAGGAGAUGACCAGAGACUGCGGACACAGUAGAGGAGAUGACCAGAGACUGCGGACACAGUAGAGGAGAUGACCAGAGACUGCGGACACAGUAGAGGAGAUGACCAGAGACUGCGGACACAGUACAGGUGAUGACCAGAGACUGCGGACACAGUACAGGAGAUGACCAGAGACUGCGGACACAGUACAGGAGAUGACCAGAGACUACAGGACACAGUACAGGAAAUGACCAGAGACUGCGGACAUAGUACAGGAAAUGACCAGAGACUGCGGACAGUACAGGAGAUGACCAGAGACUGCAGACACAGUACAGGAGAUGACCAGAGACUACGGACACAGUACAGGGGAUGACCAGAGACUGCGGACAUAGUACAGGAGAUGACCAGAGACUGCGGACAUAGUACAGGAAAUGACCAGAGACUGCGGACACAGUACAGG